AUGUUUGCUUCGCGGAUGGAUUCCGGGCGGGAAGCCGGCGGUGGAGUUGCAGCAGGGACGGUGUUGAUGCGGUUUGUGUGGCCUCAUGGUGGUCGAAGCGUAUUAAUCACUGGUUCUUUUAACGGAUGGGGCGAGCUCGUUGCCAUGGCUCCUGUUGAAGGUUGUCCUAGAGUGUUCCAAGCAAUUUGCAGCAUAACUCCUGGUUACCACCUGUACAAGUUUUACGUUGAUGGGGAGUGGCGGUAUGAUGAGCACCAAUCUUGGGUAACAAGUGAAUAUGGCCUAGUAAACACCCUCCUCUUUCCAAUGGAUGCCAAUCACAAUCCCACAGCAGGUUCAGAGUUACAUGCAAACAUGGAGUUGGACAAUGAGCACUUUAGGCGUGUUGUCCAUGUCUCUGAUGGUACCUUGAAUGAGGUUUUGCCAACAGUAUCAGAGGCCGGUGUGCAGGCCUCUCGUCAUCGUAUUUCCGUGUUUUUGUCUACACAAACUGCGUAUGAGUUACUUCCAAAGUCGGGCAAGGUUGUUGCAUUGGAUGUCGACUUACCAGUGAAGCAAGCUUUUCAUAUCUUAUACGAGCAGGGAGUCCCGAUGGCUCCUCUUUGGGACUUCAGCCGGGGCCAGUUUGUUGGAGUGCUGAGUGCUUUGGACUUCAUCUUAAUAUUGCGAGAGCUUGGCAAUCACGGGUCAAAUUUGACUGAGGAAGAACUUGAUACACAUACAAUAGCUGCUUGGAAAGAAGGAAAAGCAUAUCUUAAUAGACAAUUUGAUGGCCAAGGGAGAGCUGUUACUAGACAACUAAUCUAUGCUGGACCAUACGACAACUUGAAAGAGGUUGCUCUGAAAAUAUUGCAAAACGAUGUGUGCACAGUCCCCAUAAUCCAUUCAUCAUCAGAUGAUGGAUCAUUUCCCCAGCUACUUCAUCUUGCUUCGCUGUCAGGAAUUUUGAAAUGUAUUUUCAGGUACUUCAGGCAUGUUUCUGGCUCCUUACCUGUACUGCAAUUGCCCAUCUGUUCGAUUCCAUUGGGCACUUGGGUACCAAAGAUAGGGGAAUCGAAUGGACGGCCUUUGGCAAUGUUAAGACCAAGUGCUUCCCUUAGUGCCGCUUUAAACUUAUUAAUUCAUGCUCAAGUAAGUUCAAUACCAAUAGUUGACGAUAAUGAUUCAUUGCUUGAUAUAUAUUGUCGGAGUGAUAUAACUGCUUUGGCAAAGGAUAGAGUUUACACACACAUUAAUCUUAACGAAAUGACCAUCCACCAGGCCUUGCAAUUGGGGCAAGACUCGUUUUAUCCAUAUGAGUUGAGAAGCCAAAGGUGCCAGAUGUGUUUACGCUCUGAUUCACUGUUUCAAGUGAUGGAGCGGUUUGGUAACCCAGGUGUAAGGCAAGUGAUCAUAGUAGAGGCUGGGAGCAAACGGGUCGAAGGCAUUGUCACUCUGAGCGACAUUUUCAGAUUCUUGCUCAGCUAG